GGGAUUCCAAAAAUCACUGAUUUCGGUGCCGCAAAAAUAAUGUGCGAGACAACCAAUCACAGAAAUGGCGUUAUGGGUGCAGUGGCUUAUCUUGAUCCUAAACGCCUUGAAAAAGACUCAUAUAAAUUUCAAAAAUCAUCAGACAUAUAUUCACUUGGUGUUAUUUUCUGGCAAAUAUCUCACGGCAAGAAACCAUUCAAGGACGAGUAUGACAAAAAAUUAUUAGGCCAACUUCGUGAUAAAAUUCUGAAAGGAUGUAGAGAAAUAACCACCGAAAAUAUCCCAGUCAAGUAUGUUAAACUAUAUGAAGCCUGUUGGCAAUUUAAUCCACAAUUGCGACCUUCUAUUGCUGAGGUAUUAGAUGAAUUGGAAGAGUAUUAA